AUGGCUGAAUCAACAAGCAAUAUUCACACAAGCGAGCAAAACACCAACACAGCAGGCGAGAUGCACUUAAUCCCGAAUCCCCUCCAGGGUAGCAGCCAGCCUGCAACCAAUCCACUCGAACAAGAGGUCGAGAACGAGGAGUACCUCGAAGGGCCGCUCGAUAUCGAUGAGAAACGAAAGAGAUUCGACGAGACAUCCUGUACUGUCGAAGAGAAGGAGCUCUCCGACCUAUUCAAGAAGGGAUUGCUUGAUGAUGGAAGCACCGGUCCCUUGAAGGGAGAUUUCACCUUGAACGAUCUCCCUCAGCUGAGCGGCGACGAAGCAUGCAGCGUCCAGUGGACGACAUCAAAAACAAAGCCAAAGGGCAGGACAUCGAAGGGCACUCGUGCAAUGGAUGGCUUAUCCGAUGAUGAGUUGGCCAGUGUUCUACAAGCUUGUCCGGACUUGGAGGAUUUCAUUACCAAUAAGACCUAG